AUGCCUAUCACCGCCAGCGACGCUGCUCCCGGUGCUGCCAUGAAGGCUGAGAUCACUGACUACGCCAAGGCCUUGGAGGUCGUUGAGACCUACAAGACCCGCGAUGGCCUUGACGUGGAUACCCUCAUUGAUUCUGACAAGCACGGUGCUUUGACUUACAAUGAUUUCCUGAUCUUGCCCGGCUACAUCGGCUUCCCUGCCUCCGAUGUGUCUCUUGAUACCCCUGUCACCAAGCGUAUCUCGCUGAAGACCCCCCUUCUGUCUUCUCCCAUGGACACCGUCACCGAGCACAACAUGGCCAUCCACAUGGCCCUGCUCGGUGGCCUUGGUGUCAUCCACCACAACUGCUCUCCUGAGGCUCAGGCCGAGAUGGUCCGCAAGGUCAAGAGAUACGAGAACGGCUUCAUCCUUGACCCCGUUGCCACCGUUGGCGAAGCCAAGGAGCUCAAGGCCAAGUGGGGCUUCGGAGGUUUCCCUGUCACUGAGAACGGAACUCUUCGCUCCAAGCUCGUUGGUAUGGUCACUUCCCGUGACAUCCAAUUCCACCACAACCUCAGCGACCCCGUGACUGCCAUCAUGGCCACUGAUCUUGUUACCGCCCCGGCCGGCACCACCCUGGCCGAGGCCAACGAGGUUCUCCGUCAGUCCAAGAAGGGCAAGCUCCCCAUUGUUGACGCCAGCGGCAACAUCGUUUCUCUGCUUUCCCGCUCCGACCUGAUGAAGAACCUCCACUACCCUCUUGCCUCCAAGCUUCCCGACUCCAAGCAGCUCAUCUGUGCUGCUUCUAUCGGUACCCGUGAGGAGGACAAGCGCCGUCUCCAGCUCCUCGUUGACGCUGGCUUGGACAUCGUUAUCCUGGACUCUAGCCAGGGUAACUCCAUGUACCAGAUCGAGAUGAUCAAAUACGUUAAGAAGGAGCUCCCCCAGAUUGACGUUAUUGGUGGUAACGUUGUCACCCGUGAGCAGGCUGCUGCUCUUAUUGCUGCCGGUGUCGAUGGCCUGAGAAUUGGCAUGGGCUCCGGUAGUGCCUGCAUCACCCAGGAGGUCAUGGCCGUCGGCCGUCCCCAGGCCGCCUCCGUGCGCAGCGUCUCCUCCUUCGCUGCCCGCUUCGGUGUUCCCUGUAUCGCCGAUGGUGGUGUUCAGAACCUUGGCCACAUUGUCAAGGGUCUCGCCAUGGGUGCUAGCACCGUCAUGAUGGGUGGUCUCCUCGCUGGUACCACCGAGUCUCCCGGUGAAUACUACGUCAGCAACGAGGGCCAGCUCGUCAAGGCCUACCGUGGCAUGGGCAGUAUCGCUGCCAUGGAGGACAAGAAGGCCGGCAACGGUGCCAAGGACAGCAAGGCCAGCAACGCUGGUACCGCCCGCUACUUCUCUGAGAAGUCCAAUGUCCUCGUCGCCCAGGGUGUCGCUGGUUCCGUCCUUGACCGUGGCUCCGUCACUAAGUUCAUUCCUUACCUCGUUGCCGGUGUCCAGCACUCUCUGCAGGACAUUGGUGUCCCCAGCCUUUCCGCUAUGCACGCUGGUGUCGACAACGGCACCGUUCGCUUUGAAAUGCGCAGUGCCAGCGCCAUGACCGAGGGUAACGUCCACGGUCUGCACAGCUACGACAAGAAGCUUUACGCUGUACUUCUCGUUUCAUCCAAGAACGAGCUCCUUUUACUCCACCGUGUCAAGACUUCCACCUCUUUCGCAUCAGCUCAUGUGUUUCCAGGCGGUAAUCUAUCCGCUCAAGAUGGGCCCUGUCCUCCACCUGAAGAUCUAUCCCGACAUGAGGACUCUCCCAGCUACAGACGAGCAGCAAUCAGAGAGCUCUUUGAAGAAAGUGGCAUUCUUCUAGCCAAAAAUCGGGACUCGGGCAAGAUGAUUGCCGUUGAUGAACCCACCCGAGAGGCAGGACGACGACUGAUCCACCAGAACAAAUCAACCUUUGAUGAAUGGCUGAAGACGCAAGAUGCUCAUGCGGAACCAGAUAUAGACCAAUUGAUUCCCUUUACACGUUGGGUUACGCCAACUAAUGUCCCCAAACGAUACACUACCCAGAUGUAUCUAUAUUUCUUGCCGUUGCCCACGAAUGUGGACAAGAAGUUGCUUGCCGAGCUUCCGGCCGAAGGUGAACGCGACGAGUUGGAGAGUCCCACCAGUGAUGGCGGCGUUGAGGUGACAGAGGCGCAAUUCCUCCCGGCGGCGGAGUGGAUCAGCCGCGCUCAAAAGGCAGAGAUUAUACUGUUUCCGCCUCAAUUCCUGCUGCUGCACUUGGUGUCAGGGUUUUUGGACAAGGAUCCUGGGGCGGGUGUCCCUGUGGAAGAAAUGGAGAAGCGUCGUCAGCAACUUGUUGACUUUGUUCAUUCAGGAUCUCCUUCAUGGGCACAGAAGUGUAUCUCGCCUAAGAUGAUCCAGAUGACUCGUGACGGCCGAUCGGUUUUGGGACUGAGCGGGCCUGGUCCCGAGCUGAAAGGGACAGAUAGACGGGGAGAGCCCGAGCGAGUUGUGCUUGUGCGGUUCAAGAAGGGAAGCGCGAGGGAGGUGGCUGUUGGUUGGAAAGCCGAUAUUAUGCAAGAAGAGAGGGAAAAGAGUAACCUGUAG